UAGGUUGCCUUGGGAAAGUGAUAGUAGUGAUGAUGAAGCUUUGUUAUUAUUUUCGUUAAAUAAUAAUAAUAAACAAAAAAGGAAAUGGGUCCAUGAAGUAAACAUGGAACGUAAAAAGUUUGGUGAAUUUCAUCAUCUUUUAAAACAAAUACGAAAAGACGAAUUAAAAUUUAAAGAAUAUUUUCGUAUGAGUAUGAAACAAUUUGAUCAACUUUUAUCAAUUAUUAAAAAGGACAUCGAGAAAAAGUAAUUAAAUCUCAGGGAAAGUAUUACAGCCGAGGAACGAUUAGCCGUUUGUUUAAGGUUUCUAGCCACUGGAAAUUCAUUUCGGUCAUUAGCUUUCAAUUAUCGCAUGGGCAGGUCUACAAUAAGUAACAUAGUUGAAGAAGUCUGCGAAGCCCUAUGGAAAAACCUUCAGCCUAUCGUAAUGCCUGAUCCUAAUGAAGAAAUAUGGAGAGCUUCAGAAAAAGUGUUUAAAGAAAAAUGGAACUUCCCUCAUUGUGUUGCUGCAAUCGAUGGGAAGCAUUUUCGUAUUAAGGCGCCGGCUCAUAAAGGUUCAGAAUUUUUCAACUAUAAAAAAUAUCACUCGGUCGUUUUGCUAGCACUAGUAGAUGGAAAUAAAAAAUUCAUUUGUGUUGAUGUUGGGCAAUAUGGAAGAGUUAGUGAUGCAAGUGUGUAUAGUAACAGCACUAUUGGAAAGCGUUUAACAAGCUUAAAUAUUUUUUUAUCCCCAGAUGAAGAUUUAGCAGGAAGAAAUUUACCCUAUGUAAUAGUUGGUGACGAGGCAUUUCCUCUUAAAAAAUAUCUCAUGAGACCUUAUCCCAGAAGUGCCCGGCGACUUAGCGAGGAUGAACGUAUUUUCAACUACAGGCUCUCAAGAAGCAGAAAUACUGUGGAAAAUACUUUUGGUAUCCUUGCAAACACUUGGAGAGUAUAUCAUAGCCCAUUAGAAUGUCGAAUUGAACUCGCAGAUAAAGUCAUUUUAGCUACUGUUGUUCUCCACAAUUACACACGUCAAUUAACUACUCAAACCAAUCUAGCGACUGUUGAAGAACAAACCAACGAAACUAACGUGUUCAUACCAAUACGAAUUGGUACCUCAUCGAAUUCAAGUAGAGAAGCUUUAAAUGUCCGAAAUUUUUUCAAAGAAUAUUUUAUUUCCAAUGAAGGGCGCGUUGAAUGGCAGCAAAGAAUUGUAAAUCGUACAGCUUAAAAUAGUU